AUGUCCGGAUAUAAAAGAAAUCAAGAAAUAUUUCAAACAUCCAACUCUAAUGACAAUGUGAAUAACUUAAUUGCUACUAUCAGUAGCGGAGCUCAACAAACAAAACGUCAACGCACAGAAAAUAAUGAUAAGGAUAGCAUUUGUUGGAAAUAUUUUGAACCAUUCAAGGUCCCAAAGGAGAAUGGAACAGUAACAAAAUGUAAAAUUCCUGGAUGUACGACAAGUUACAUAUGGUGCGGAUCUACUUCUAAUCAUGUUCGUCACCUUAAGAAUAAGCAUGGUAUAAUGAAAUUCUCGACACCUCUAACACCUACAACAUCAACUAUUAACUUUAAUAAUACCGAAUUAGAAAUUAAUCUACCAUUAAUUAAAUUUAUUGUUUCUUCUGGUGCACCAUUGAGAGUUGUCGAUACUUUAAAAUCUGCUGGAUUUGUUAAUCCAAAUAUUGAACUAUCUACUUCUGAUAUUAUAGAAGAGCAAAUAAAUAAAGCAUAUAAUCGCUUAUUUCUUCAACUAAAGCUAAAAGCUCAGCAAGAAAAAUACACUAUGCUCUCGAUUUGUGAAAUUAAACCAGAUACUAGGGUUAAUGAAUGCGAUGAUUAUAGCGGUGAUUAUAGCGAUGAUUAUAACGAUGAUAAUGUCGAGUUUUUCGAUUCAAAUCUUUGGGAGGAAGAAUAUCAGCAUCUUACGCAAAAUCUUAUACAAAUGCAUGAUAUUAAAAAUAAUUAUUUUAGCAAUUUAGAAAAUUUAAUAGAAUACAGUUUAAAUAAAUGGGCUAGAGAAAACGUUAAUAUCCAAGAAAUAUCUGAAAUUAUCAAAGUUAUCAUAAUUGCUACCGGAAAUCUUUGUGGAGUAGUAAAGUUUUUAAAAGAGCAUAUAACAUGUAGUUAUCGUGAAAUACCUACGAAAGAGUAUAUAAAUUUAUUAGAUAGAAUUGCUAUUAAUGCAGAUAAUAUAUUAAGAGAAAUUCAGUUUAAUGAUGAUUUAGAGCACAAAGUCCUUAAAUCAUUUCUAACAUCGAUUCCUUUAUGUUUUGAGGACCGUUUUUUAUUUGAUAAAUGCCUAGCUUCAUUCUUAGAUCCACGUUCUAAACCGGAUGAAGUUUCACCUGUGAUUUUAAAAGAUGCACUAAAAAAAUGCCAAGCAUAUUAUUUAAACAAUAUUUUUUCAGACAAUUUGGAUAAAUCAAUGCAAGCAGCAAAUGAAGAGUUAAAAUGUUAUAAUAGUGAUGUUAAUCCAUAUGAGUGGUGGCAAGGUUCAAAACAAAUGCUUCCCGGAUUAGCUACUCUUGCGAGAGAUAUUUGCCUAUAUUAG